AUGGAUUCGUCUCUGAACCUAACCUACUUUUCCCUCUCCACCCCCGCCCCUUUGGAGACCAACCGCAGCAGCCUUGACUCCGACGACCCGCGCCCCAGCCCGCCCCUCCUCUCUGUCUUCGGUGUGCUUGCUCUGACCUUGCUGGGCUUUCUGGUGGCUGCGACCUUCUCCUGGAACCUCCUGGUGCUGGCGACCAUUCUCCGCGUGCGCACCUUCCACCGAGUUCCGCACAACUUAGUGGCGUCCAUGGCCAUCUCGGAUGUGCUCGUGGCCGCUCUGGUCAUGCCACUGAGCCUGGUUCAUGAGCUGUCCGGCCACCGUUGGCAGCUGGGCCGACGGCUCUGCCAGCUGUGGAUCGCGUGCGACGUGCUCUGCUGCACAGCCAGCAUCUGGAAUGUGACAGCCAUCGCGCUGGACCGCUACUGGUCCAUCACCCGCCAUCUGGAAUACACGCUCCGCGCCCGCAAGCGCGUCUCCAAUGUUAUGAUAGUGCUCACCUGGGCGCUCUCCGCGGUGAUCUCCCUGGCACCGCUGCUCUUCGGCUGGGGGGAGACCUACUCUGAGGGCAGCGAGGAGUGCCAGGUGAGCCGCGAGCCCUCCUACACCGUGUUCUCCACGGUGGGCGCCUUCUACCUGCCGCUCUGCGUGGUUCUCUUCGUGUACUGGAAGAUCUACAAGGCUGCCAAGUUCCGUGUGGGCUCCAGGAAGACCAACAGCGUCUCACCCUUAUCGGAGGCCGUGGAGGCGAAGACCUCUGCUCAGCAGCCCCAGAUGGUGUUCACUGUCCGCCACACCACCGUCACCUUCCAGACAGAAGGGGACACGUGGAGGGAACAGAAAGAGCAGAAAGCUGCCCUGAUGGUGGGCAUCCUCAUUGGGGUGUUUGCACUCUGCUGGAUCCCCUUCUUCACCACAGAGCUCAUCAGCCCCCUCUGCUCCUGCGACAUCCCCGCCAUCUGGAAGAGCAUCUUCCUUUGGCUGGGCUACUCCAACUCCUUCUUUAACCCCCUCAUCUACACAGCUUUCAACAAGAACUACAAUAGCGCCUUCAAGAAUUUCUUUUCUAGGCAACACUGA